AUGAAGCCAAAACUCACCGAACAAGCUACGGAAUUCAUUUCAGAGGUUUACGCGGAAAUCAGGUCAUUCGACACAUCGAAGACGGAUAGAGAAAGGACAAUGCCUAUAACUGCUCGGCAGUUAGAAACCCUGAUUCGUCUGUCGACGUCAAUUGCCAAGGCUCGCUUUUCCAAGACCGUUGAUCGAGUGGAUGCAGAAAAGGCCUAUAAUUUGCUGCAUUUCGCUUGCUUCAAAGAGAAGCCCAAGGCCAGACUUGACUACGAAAACGCGAAGAAAAGGGUCGUUGCCGAUGGGCCGAGUGAUGAGGAGCCUGAAGAGGAUGACGAAGUGAGUUAA